AUGCAUUUACUCAAAACAUUAAAGCAAACUAACUUGGAUAUCAGAAUACUAUGGACAUCAGUAUUUCUUAGGAUGGCCAGCUAUGGCCUCACCAAUCAAAUACUUGCAUUAUACCUCAAAAAGAUUAAUAUUUCAGAAUUCGAAAUUGGACUUUUCAUGACACUUACCCUAGUUGGAGACACCUUCAUCUCGUAUUUUCUCACAUGGAAUGCUGAUCGAAUAGGCCGUCGUAAAGUGAUGCUCAUUGGUUCAAUCAUGAUGCUUGCGUCUGGUAUUGUUUUCGCUUAUUCGACCAAUUUUUACAUAUUGUUGGCAGCAGCUAUUUUUGGUGUGAUUUCACCUUCGGGAGAUGAGACAGGUCCGUUCAAGUCGGUUGAAGAGGCGUCAAUGGCACAUUUGACUCCACAUAACCACCGUCCAGAAGUAUUUGCAUUUUAUGGAUUAUUUUCCACUGCUGGAGCAGCAGCGGGGUCUCUUAUCUGCGGAUUUUUAGUUGAUUAUAUGAAUUUAGAGCUCAACUGGAGUUUAAAGAAAAGCUAUCAAAGUAUAUUCAUUGUCUAUUCAGCUAUAGCUGGCAUGAAGUUUAUCUUGAUGCUGUUUUUAUCUGAAAAAUGCGAGAUACAUGCGGACAACUUUACCGAAGUGACUGAACAUUCAAGGUUGAUAGAGACCGAUGAGGAAGAAUUGGGUAAGGUAUCAAGUUUGUCUAGUACCACUAGGUACUACUUGCCAAGAUUACUAAUCAUCUUCAUGCUCGAUUCUUUGGGAUAUGGAUUCAUGCCAUCCGCGUGGGUGGUGUACUACCUCAAGUUCACGUUCGAAUUGACGGCAAAAGCACUAGGUAUCUUGUUUUUUGUGACUAACCUGGUUGAUGCUGUCUCUUCCUUGCCUUCGGCAUAUUUUGCCAAGCUCUUGGGACCCGUCAAAGCAAUUCUAUUCACACAGGCGCCGUCUGCUAUAUUUUUCGGCCUUGUUGCUAUCAGUCAACUGUAUCCAGUUGUAGCAGUAUUGUUGUUGCUUUAUUACCUUACUUCAACAAUGGACGUUGUUCCCCGUCAAGUCUUGUUGACAUCAAUUAUGCCUAAUGAAGAGAUUACAAAAGUCAUGGGAAUAGUCAAUAUCGGAAAGACAUUUGCCAGAUGUGUUGGCCCUAUAUUCACGGGUAAGCUCGCGGAACACAGGAAGUUGCGUUACGGCUUUAUUAUCAACAGCGCGUGUGUUCUCUUUGCCGACCUCAUACUUGCAAUCAACUUCCUCCAUAUUGACAAUGACAUUGUGCUCAAGCAGAGAAUAGAUCAAAAUAUAGAAUAA